GCGGGUCGUUGCCGGAAGAGGGUUGCACGUGUCCGAGGCGGAAGGGGCCGCUGCGCGUUCUCGUGCCUUUUGUACCCGCAAGCCGGAGCUAUGAGUUGUCCCGUGACCUGCGCUGCCUGGGUUCCUCGAGGUGUUACCAAGGAGACUCCGGAUAAGGUCCAGCUUGACAAAGAAGAAUUGAAGCGCUUGAUCACUGAAGCCAAGGAGAGGCUGCAGGCAGAUGACAGUGAUGAUGAGGAUGAACAUGAAGAGGCUUUGGGAGACACCAUGGAUAUUGCUGAUGCUGAGGGAGCUCCCUCUGCUCCCAAAGAUGGAGAACAUGAAGAGGCUGUAAAACUGGACGCUGAUGAACUGGCAGAAUAUGACUUGGAUAAUUAUGAUGAGGAAACUUCAGGUACUGAGAGUCUUGGAAAGAUCCUAGCAGGGCUUACAGUAUAUGGAAGCAAUGAAAAUGAUCCUUACAUCACUAUUAAAGAUACUGAGCAAUAUGAGCAAGAAGACUUUGUAAUUAAACCGAGUGACAAUCUUGUGGUAUGUGGCAGAGUUGAUAAGGACCAUUGCAGUCUAGAGGUUCAUGUUUAUAAUCACGAGGAGGAUUCCUUCUACGUCCAUCAUGAUCUCAUCUUAUCAGCAUACCCUUUAAGUGCAGAAUGGCUGAACUUUGAUCCUAACCCUGAUGAUUCUACAGGAAAUUAUAUUGCCGUGGGCACAAUGAAUCCUGUUAUUGAAGUCUGGGACCUUGACAUGGUGGACUGUUUAGAGCCAGUUUUUACCCUUGGAACAAAAAAACCAAAAGCAAAGAAAAAGAAAGGAAAAAAGAGUUCAUCUACGGCUGACAAUCAGGAAGGACAUACUGAUGCAGUUCUUGACCUUUCCUGGAAUAAACAACUUAGAUCAGUAUUGGCAAGUGCAUCAGCUGACCAUUCUGUAAUUCUCUGGGACCUGUCCAAGGGCAUACCAGCAGCAAACCUUUCUCUUCACACAGACAAGGUGCAGACACUGCAGUUUCAUCCAUUUGAAACACAGACUCUGGUUUCUGGUUCUUAUGACAAAUCAGCCAUUUUGUAUGACUGCAGAAGUCCACAGGAGAACCAUAGAAUCUGGCGGUUUAGUGGCCAGGUUGAAAGAGUGACUUGGAAUCAUUUUUCACCUCAUCACUUCUUAGCCAGCACAGAAGAUGGAUUUGUGUACUAUCUAGAUGCUCGUUCACAUAAACCCAUCUUCACAAUGAAAGCACAUGAUGAAGAAGUAUCUGGACUACAAUUAAGCAGCCAAAUCAAGGGAUGUCUUGUUACAUCAUCUACAGAUAAAUAUGUGAAAAUUUGGGACAUAUUAGGAGACAAGCCUAGUUUGGUCCAUUCCAGGGAUAUGAAAAUGGGUAUCCUAUUCUGUGCCGCUAGUUGCCCAGAUUUACCAUUUGUCUAUGCCUUUGGUGGAGAGAGAGAAGGACUACGUAUUUGGGACAUAAGCACAAUUUCUGCAGUGAAUGAAGUUUUUGGAAACCGACAAAGGCUAGCAGUUGCAACAUCAAGUUCUGAAGCAACAAAUUCUGCUGCCUGCAGGAGCAGUGAUCCAGAAACGUCCAUGGAACCAUGAUGUAUAUGUAUAUUAUAUACAUAAAGUGAAUAGCAUAAAUAUUUUAAAAAUUGCAUUUCAUCUUGAAAUAUAUUGGGAGAAUCAAAUUUCCUGAAAACUCA